AUGCUCUCCGCGCGCCGGUUGCUGCAGCAGCGUCACCCCCUGCCGCGCCGCCCCGCGCUGGCGCCGCUGCAACGUCGUCUCCACCAGCAACAACAACAACAACAGCAGCAGCAGCAGCAGCAGCAACAGCCCAGGGAGAAGCUCUUUGACAAGAUCCUCGUGGCCAACCGUGGCGAGAUCGCCGUGCGCGUCAUGCGCACGUGCAAGAAGCUGGGCAUCCAGACCGUCGCGAUCUACUCGGAGCCCGACGUGAACUCGGUGGCCGUGCGCAUGGCCGACGAAGCCGUGUGCGUCGGCCCGGCGCCGUCGAGCCAGAGCUACCUGAGCAUCCCCCAGAUCCUCGCGGCCGUGCAGCAGACGGGCGCGCAGGCCGUGCACCCCGGCUACGGCUUUCUCUCGGAGAACAAGGACUUUUGCGAGGCGCUCGAGGCCAUCGGCGUCGCGUUCAUCGGGCCUGGCCACGCCGCGAUCCAGGCCAUGGGCGACAAGCUCACGUCCAAGCAGCUGGCCCUGGACGCGGGCGUGCACACGAUCCCGGGCUUCCUGGGCGCGAUCGACUCGCCCGACGACGCCGUGCGCGUGGCGCAGGACAUUGGGUACCCCGUGAUGAUCAAAGCCAGCGCCGGCGGCGGCGGCAAAGGCAUGCGCGUCGCCUACACGGACGAGCAAGUGCGGCUCGGCUACCGCCUGUCGAAAGACGAGGCAGCCAGCAGCUUUGGCGACGACCGGUUGCUGGUCGAGAAGUUCAUUGAAGACCCGCGGCACAUUGAGAUUCAGCUCAUUGCCGACGCACAUGGGAACGUCGUGGCGCUGCCGGAACGCGAGUGUUCGAUCCAGCGGCGGAACCAGAAAGUCGUGGAAGAAGCGCCGAGCGUGUUGCUCGACGCCGCGACGCGCGCGGCCAUGGGCGAGCAGGCGGCGAUGCUCGCGCGGUCCGUGGGCUACGUGAGCGCCGGGACGGUCGAGUUCCUCUGCGACAAGCACCAGAACUUUUACUUUCUCGAGAUGAACACGCGCUUGCAGGUCGAACACCCCGUGACGGAGCUCGUGGCGCGCGUGGACCUCGUCGAGCAGAUGAUCCGCGUGGCGGCAGGACACGCGCUGCCGAAGCGACUGCUGGACGGACCUGUGGCCAGUCACGGCUGGGCCAUGGAGAGCCGCGUGUACGCCGAGGACCCCGUGCGCGGGUUCCUGCCGUCGGUCGGACGCUUGCUGCAGUACAACGAGCCCGUGCAGCUCCCGGGCGUGCGCGUGGACUCGGGCGUCGACGAGGGCAGCGACAUUUCCGUGUUUUACGACCCGCUGAUCUCGAAACUCAUCACGUACGGCGCCGACCGCACCGAGUGCUUGGAACGCAUGAAGGCCGCGCUGGACCAUUACGUGAUCCGCGGCCCGGGCAACAACGUGUCGUUCCUGCAAGACGUCUACCGCCACCCGCGCUUUGUGAGCGGGGCCAUCACGACCAAGUUCAUUGAAGAAGAGUAUCCCGACGGCUUUCGUGGGGUGCAACUCACGCCGCACGAGAUGGAGGACCUCCGCGUGGUUGGCGCGCUCAUGCACGUGAAGAAAGCUGGCGCUAGCAGCAGCCAGAGGGCUGGCCGAGCUCGGUCCGUGUCCACGCAAGAGGCUGCACCGGUCGACUGCCUCAACCGAGACGAGCUGGAAACGGUCUCGGACCACGUGGGCGUUGUGCCUCGCCUACGCGCUCUCACUUCUGACUUGUCGUUGGACGAUGUGGUUGCGCUCGCGGAGCGGAACGCCCUCGAGAAUGUCGGCGUCCAGUUGUUUGUUAGCAUCGAUGGUCCAUUUGGAGAGUCACAGCCGGUGGUUGUCGUGGAAGUCGACGUGGAGAACAGGCAGCACCGACGCGAGACGAUGACGCUGGCCAGAGUUGACAAGAAGUGGCACGUCAUGCGGGACGUUGACUGGUCACUCAAUGGUCCGCUCUUCAAGGCGUCACACACGAAGCAGGACGGGCAAGCGAACGUGUCGUUGGCAUCCCAAAUGCUACAAACGCUGUCGGAGGGUUUCCGCAUCCAGUUCCAUGGCGCUGUGCAUGACGUGAUUGUGCGCAAUGAGCUGGAGGCAACGUACGCCAAGUACAUGCAGCCCAAGCCCACGGUCGACACGUCCAACCUGCUUCUGUGCCCCAUGCCAGGCAUGCUCGUCUCCGUCGCGGUACAAGUCGGUCAGCAAGUAGAAGUGGGUCAGGAGCUGGCGGUCGUAGAAGCCAUGAAGAUGCAGAACGUGCUCCGCGCCGACAAGAAGGGUGUCAUCAAAAGCAUCGCCCGAGCUGCUGGCGGCUCGCUCAAGGUCGACGAGGUCAUCCUCGAGUAUGAAUAA